GGACAGAGAGAGCGGCACACGUAGUAGUACGAACGUAGCCAUGGAUGGGUGCUUUGUACUGGGAGGGAAAGAGACGAAGGAAAGCUCGUGCGUGCGAGCGAGACAGACAUUAAAAUUAACCAACAGAGGGGAGAGGAACCGAGCUUCUUCAAGCGGGGUGGUUAGUCCGCAUUCGACCGCGUCGGCGGUAACGUCGCCUCUCGGGGAAUAUUCCGCCGGAAACGAUUCGAACUGUGAAAAAUAUUUUCCAAGUGCGAUUUCAUACUGUUAACGUUUUGUGUUUAUUUUAAGUUUUUUACUGAUAUGCUUCGCCGUCUACUGAAUUUUGGAUUUCGGAUUUCAACACCGCAGCUUAAAACUUUCGUAUUUGUUUGAAAUACGAUGUUAUUGUGACGAAAAACCUGACAAGUUUGGAAUUGUAAACACUGAAGAAUAAUCAAGAAGACGUUAUGAGCGAUAUUGCGUCGCUUAGAUUAAUGUGCCGGUUAUGAUAAGCUUUGAGGUUUAACCAAACUUGGAUUCGCUAAAAGAGGGAUACCAAAGAAAAUGUGUGCCAAAAUGUUAUUUUAUUGUUUCUCCUUGUUUACCCUUAUAAUGUCUUGGAUUGGAGUGUCGGCUGAAGAGGAAGUGUCAUCUCCGUUGCGGGUAGCACAAUGCAGAGCAACAUGUUUACAGAAGUUCGCGGCGCCGCGGCCUAGCGGGGAGUCAUCGUGUUUGCAAGGCCCCGACUGUUUUAUGUGUUGGGAAAACUGUGAACUGCUGCAGUCCAACUACCAGGUUUGGGGAGCGAUCUGCGACGAGAAAGAUAUUUGUUUCCCUGGGUGCAAGAUUGCAUGUGAAUUCCACGCGGAAGCGGCGCGCGCGUCGCAGACGCAGCCUGUCAUCCACACAAAGGGCGAAGGGGUGAUGCGUGUGAGUGGCGCGCUCGCCCGCUGGCCACCACCCGCCCCCCGCGCCGCCUCCCGCCCCGCACCUUUCGUCUACGUCGUCAUGCGUCGCGCCGCGGAAGGCCCCUGGCGACAGAUUAUACAAACACAAGCGCUAGCCACACGAGUACCAUCUAAUAAUGAAGGCGCCCUGCUUCGUGUACUCGUCGUAGAUCCAUUAGGACUGGUCACUAUCUACAGUCCGGAUGAAACGUGGGUGGCUCAUGAUACAAACACUUCUAAUCAUGACGAACACAAGUGGACUCUUAAAGAAAUCUCCCUCAUUCAUCAAAAGGUCCUAGUAAUUGGUGAAAUUGCAUGGGAGCCUAGAAUAGCACGAGGAGUGUAUUUAGUAACUUGGGAAGUGGACGGUGGAGGCCUAAAAGGCAACUUGUUCACGGACUCCACUAGGGUCACUUUAUCAUUGUGGCCCGAUACAAUCUAUCAUAUUCAAGUAGAACUAGUUUCUCGCACCCCGGGUGUCGACAACGAGAGGUCAGAGACAAUGACUAUUGAUACCAGUAGAGCUCAACGUGUUUCAACCGAAAGCGUUCAGGAUGUUCAAGUGAGCGAAGGCGAUCGCUUGAUGUCAGUUCUGGUGAGUUCCAUGAGAGGAGAGAGAGUACCAGAGCGUUCUCCCGAUUCUGAAUUGGUAUUGGGCUGCUUGUCAGCAAUGAUUGCCUUUGGACUGGCUGUGCUAGCUGCCAUAUUAUGGAGGCGGAGACGACGAGGAACGUUCCCAGGUACUAACGUGUACAUUGGUUCCUCUUCUGUGUUAAAGCGAAAACUUGUUGAAGAUUUUGCUCCAGCUUCCCACUGUUUCCAGCCGGUGCUCGUUCCAGAGACACCGACCAAUGACACGGUGCCGCGGGACGUGGUCGUGUGACGUCACAGCUUCGAUAUGCUGUCGGUGGAAGACCGCAUCUUCAGUUCCUAAGCAUUUGGACGAACCCCUAUAGACAUGUAGUUCAGGUGUAAAGAAGUGCUGUUUGUGAUACUCUAAAACUCAUCAUGAGAGAAUAAGUGAAAGUUAUUGCAUUUAUUGUGGAAUGUCGUGUAACUUGUUACGUUGUAAAUUGUAAUGGACUCUGGACACUAUAUGUAAAUGCUGCUGUAAUAAAAAUUACCCGUGUAAUUUUGUUUGUACGUAGAUUUAGGCGAUUGUAAAUUAAAAAGUUACUACUUAUAAAUGUAUUUAUGAAACACAGUAAGGUUAACACCAGAAAAAAUAGUUAUGUACAUAUGUUAAGAAGAAAAUAGUACCUAAAUGAUAAUUUUCUAAAAUAUAACUUGAUUUAUACUGCUUGUAAAUAAAUAACUGUAAUACGUGUACCGGGUUUCGAUGUUCAAUUUCAAUUCGUUUGUAUUUCUAAGUAAAUUCUGGGUUCUACUACAAAAUUACGAAAUUACAAUUGAGUUGUAUUGUGUUGUAGGUUCCAUACAUUAGUAUCUACCUAUAUUUUUUAUGGAACGUUUAUCAUAAUGCUGAUGUGUUUCGUAUUUUGUAGUUGACUGUCAUACAAUCAAGAUUAUUAGAAUAAUCGGUAUGAAUAUCUAGAACUAUUUUUACAACUAGUCCUUAUUAUCGUUUAUUGAAAACAUAGUUAUUAGAUAUAUUUUACGAUAAUAGUUUUGAUGAGGUUCUUACUCAUUCUAGUGAACUUUACGACGUCUUCUUCAGCAAUAACAUGUAUGUAUGUAUUUGUAAAUAAUGGAAACAUUUAUUGUAAAAACAUAACAGAGAAAUUAUAUUUUUCUUGGCCUAUGACAGAUAUUUGUAGAAGUUACGGAUGGAUGUAUCAAUGAGGUUUCGAAUUAAGGUUUUGUUGUUCUGAGUACAUGGUUUUUGAAGUGAUGCGCAAUGUUCGCAUAUCCCCGAAAUGUGUCUUUCUGAAUCUCUUAGCCAUACAAGUAAUACGUUACUAUAUCACAUUGUAGUGUCAUAAUUAUUUGUUUAAAGUUGAUGUUAGGCUUUAAACAACGUUGUACUUAAUAACUUAAGUUUCGUUUCGUAGUGCAAAAGUGUAAAAGAGACCAAAAUUAUUUUUUAUUUUGAAACAAAUUUUGGUUCUGUGACAACCAAAAUCCGAGUAGGACGUAAGUUAGGAGCUUAAUUAAAUUUAUUUAUUUUUUUGUGAUUAAUUAGUACCUUCACUCGAUUUUGUAAAUAAAUGAAUUGCUAUAAAAUGACGACGCUGAUCUUUAACGUGUAUAAAUAAAUAUGUCUGCCAAAUUA